CAGCGAGGAUCUAUAGACAACACCCUCUUUAUUUAUAAAAAGGGUGCUCAUGUCCUAUAUGUACAAAUAUAUGUCGAUGACAUCAUAUUUGGAUCUUCCAGCAAGAAACUAUGUAAUAAGUUUAGCUCACUAAUGUCUUCUCACUUUGAAAUGAGUAUGAUGGGUGAGCUGACCUUCUUCCUUGGUCUACAAAUUCGCCAACUUCCUGAUGGCAUUUUUAUAAACCAAGAAAAAUACAUACGAGACAUGCUGGCUAAAUUCGAUAUGUCUAAUAUCACUACAAAGCCUACUCCCAUGUCUUCUCCAAACAAUCUCCAUGCUGACCUUGAUGGUAAGCAUGUGAACCCCACUUUCUAUCGUGGGAUGAUAGGCUCGUUGAUGUAUCUCACAGCGAGUCGUCUAGACAUUAUGUUUGCUACUUGCCUUUGUGCAAGAUAUCAAGCAUCACCCAGGGAGUCUCACCUUCUCGCUGUCAAGUGUAUCUUCAAAUAUCUCAAAGGGACUUCCUCUCUAGGUCUUUGGUAUCCCAAAGAUUCUAACUUUGACUUAGUCGCAUACUCUGAUUCUGACUAUGUUGGCUGCAUGUUAGAUAGGAAAAGUACCAGUGGUGGAUGUCAAUUGUUGGGGGGAAGGCUGACUAGUUGGUCUAGUAAGAAACAACAUACAACCUCCAUCUCCACUACUGAAGCAGAGUAUGUAUCAGCAACAAGCUGUUGUGCACAAGUCCUUUGGAUGAAAAACCAACUUGCUGACUAUGACUUAGAUUUCUCUAAAAUCCCAAUUAUGUGUGAUAACACUAGUGCUAUUGCCAUCACACAUAACCCUGUUCAGCAUUCCAAAACUAAGCAUAUUAAUAUUAGGUAUCACUUCAUUCGUGAUCAUGUCAUGAAGGGGGAUGUUGAAAUCUACUUCAUCCCUACUAAUGAUCAACUUGCUGACAUCUUC